UGUCAUCAUGUCCAGGUGUCCAGGUUAUAAAGGCUCUCUUGGAUGGGUGUACGUAUCCCAGUGUUGUUCAGUACCUGGCUUGUAGGGAUGUUUACACCAUCGCCCCACAUGUACCAGCUAUAUUAGUGGAUCGAGACCUCAUGAAUUCUCUCAUAUGUAACUGGAGGACUUUCCUUGAUGAUUUCUCAAGGCAUCAGACUACCAAAUACUGUGUUAACGAAUGGUGAACGAAUUACUGUACUUGGUAUAAUGUUAUCUGUCCUGAAGGUUUUGUUAGCAGAAAAUCAGCCAUACAGAGACUUCAACUUAUCACAGCUGAGAGACAUUGAUGCUCUUGACAAAAUCCUCUUUAUGUGCAAGGAACUGGAAUUAACAGCGGGGUCCCUUGACUGUAUUUGCUCAGCAGACCUUGUGGUGAGUGUGGUAACUGGACUUGUAGGUGGACCAGGACCAAUCUCUUGGAGGAACGUUGGCUUGGGGUUGUCUGCCCAGGAAUCCUAUUCAUCUGGAUUCUGUUCUGUACCUUCAGCAAUUGGCAUGACAACCACUCUACUGGUAUUACAUCUUUUGGGAUAGCCUCCAGUUGUGCGU